GUUUUAACGACAAACAGAAUGAAUUUAACGAAAAUUUCGAAUAAGAAACACUUGACAGCUCCGUUCAUUUUUGUAUUUACCUAUUCCGACUGACUGCUGUUUGUUUUGGAUGUGAAUUACGCAAAGUUUAAUCGCACCAUAAGAAACCGUAAACCAUGAUGAACCGACUGCGAUAUGUUCGAUUCAAAGACUACCGGAAUGUACAUGCAAAACACCUCUCCACCGAAGCAACUGCUAAUCGAUUUCAGUUAGAGCAAUUGAAGAAACGAAGCCUCAUUCGACUGCACGGUGAUUUGGUUUCUGAUUUCCUGCAAUCGUUAAUAACAAACGACAUAAAUCAUUUGAGCCAGCAGCCGGCAAUCUUCAGUAUGUUCUUGAACAAGGCUGGACGGGUGCUGUAUGAUGCAAUAAUUUACAAAACCAAAGAAAACACACUGUUGGUUGAGUGUGAUGCGCGGGCUGACGUUGACUUAGUGAAACACUUAAAAAUGUUCAGAGUACGAAAGAAAAUCGACAUUGAUGUCGCUAGUGAUCUUACAGUUUGGGUGCUAUUCGAUCCGGACGGAGCCAAGAAAGACAUACCAACGGACAAAUUAGUCAAUUUUCAAGCACUAUCGAACAGCAAUGAUGACCUGAUUAUUUGUGACGAUCCUCGAGUUCAAAACCUUGGUGUCCGGAUAGUCGCUCCAAAGGAUUGUGACAUAUUACAGAGGCUAUCACCGCAAAACGUUUCGCAGGGUAAUCCUAAAGACUACACAAUUCAUCGAUAUAAACUUGGAGUGGCCGAAGGCGUCGACGAAUUACCGCAUGCCAAAUGCUUUCCACUCGAAUCGAAUUGUGACUAUUUGCAUGGCGUUAGUUUUCACAAAGGCUGCUACUUAGGACAAGAGUUCACGGCUCGUACCCAUCACACCGGUGUGAUCCGAAAGCGACUGAUGCCGCUACAGUUAAAUGGACAAUUGACAGAUUUUUGUAGCAAUCAAAUCGAGACAACUGAUGGUGCUGUUGUUGGAAAGUUACGAGGUCAUCAGCAGGAUUGGGGCCUGGGUUUGCUGAAAGUGGAUGUUGCACUACAAGAAACGUCGCCAUUUAUUUUGGGUGGCAGUGAUGUGUAUGUGAAAGGGACUACGUACAAACCGUUUUGGUGGCCAACCGAAGCUCCUAAAUUAAAUGAAUUGAAGAACAAAGAAUUAUAGUCGAAUCGGUCAGUUGAAUAAAAGUUUAGAUUCUGUUUGA